UAUCAUUCCAGUCCCUUUCAAAGCGUCUGUUUUGACACUCUGGAGAUGGGGAUGCACGAGACUUUCACGGCACUCGUCGAAUUGACCAACCUGCAGGAGCAGCGUCGGCUAGCCUGCGGACCGGAGAGCGAAGAAUGGACGGCUCCACAACUGCGUGAUCAGGUUGAGAAACUACAGCUUAUACGGGACUGUUUGGUCGAAGUGGAGAUCGCACGUCUCUCUGCAGACUAUGAUGCCGUUUUCCGCGGCUAUCUGCGCCUUCUCCGCGCACUGGGCAGAAAGAAUAGUGCGGAAAAUGAGAGCGAAGAAGCCGAUAAGUGGUUGGUGGAGUACUUUCUGGAAAAAUUUCUUCGAUCCACACGUGAGGUCACAAUAUCCUUGGAAAAUAUGGUUACAAAAGAGGGGCAAGGGGAGAAUUAUGAGCUCCAAAUGAAACUGGAAUUAUCCAAACAACGGGCUGCAGAAGCCCUGUUCCAUGUAGCAAACUUCGCCUUUAACGAUGCUGAAAAACUAUCAGAGUCUCUGCUAUGCCUAGCAGAGUUCAAUGAACCGAAUAUGGAUCAGAAGGCCUGCGAUCACAAACUGACUCUCCUUACGGAAGCCUGCGCUCUAGCGAAGAAAGGUGAAGACUUACUUUAA